AUGCACUCAAAGAUCUUCGCGAUCACCGUCCGAUCGGUAAAGAAGCCUUCGAGCUCACCAUUGAGCAAGCCAUCCUCGCCAAGGACAAUGCAAAGAAGCGGAUGCUCGAAGCUCUUGAUAAGAUCAAGGAGUACGUCGAAACGUUCUAAAAUAAUUACUUGA